ACACACAGGGAGAGAGAGCGAGAGAGUAGGUGGACUGUGUAGGAAAUGUUUUUGACAGCCUCUAAAAAGUGACAGAAGUUGCAGCUGGCAGCAGCAAAGAGCAGCCGUGGUAAUGGAACCACAAGAGAUCAGAGAGGGAUAUUUGGUGAAAAAGGGUACAGUGCUAAACUCCUGGAAGGCAGUGUGGGUGGUGCUGUCAGAUGAUGGGGUGGAAUUCUAUAAAAAGAAAACAGACCGUUCUCCGAAAGGAAUGAUUCCACUAAAGGGAGCCACGCUCAUCAGUCCUUGCCAGGAUUUUGGCAAGAGGACGUUGGUUUUCAAGAUUACUACAGACAAGAAGCAGGAUCACUUCUUCCAAGCCUCACAUGUGGAGGAGAGAGAGCUGUGGGUGAAGGACAUCAAGAGAGCCAUUACCUGCAUACAAGGGGGAAGAAAGUUUGCCAGGAGGUCCACGCGCCGCUCCAUCCGCCUGCCCGACACAGUCAACCUGACUGAGCUGUACACGCUGAUGAAAGACCAAGAUGAUGGAGUGAGAGAGUUGAAACUGGAGCAGGAGAAUCGAGUCUUCAACCACUGCUUCACCGGUGCAACAGUGGUGGAGUGGCUGAUUUCAAACGGAAGAGCGAGAAAUAGGCCUGAGGCCCUCAUGUUAGCAACGGGGCUCCUGAAUGAGGGUUUUCUCCAGCCUGCAGGCGACCUGUCAAAAGAGGGAGCAGAGAGUGGAGAGCAAUCAGUCUUCUUAGAUGAUAUAAACGCUCUAUAUUACUUUGCAGACAGCGGCUUCUUCUGUGAAGGCUACUCCAGCGAUGAAGACGUCCUCGUGAAGGAGGAAUUCAGAGGAAACAUCACUAAACAGGGCUGCUUGCUGAAACAGGGACAUCGGAGAAAGAACUGGAAGGUGCGAAAGUUCAUACUGAGGGAUGACCCUGCUUUUAUGCAUUAUUAUGAUCCUACAAAGGGUGACGACCCGCUCGGCUCCAUCCAUCUCCGUGGCUCUGUGGUUACAGCCGUGGAGUAUGUCCCCGAUGCCAAAAAAUACGACAUUGAUGGCAACCUCUUUGAGAUCAUCACCUCAGAUGAGACUCACUACUUCCUCCAAGCUGCUACAGCUGAAGAAAGAAAGGAGUGGAUCAAAGCAGUACAGGCGGUGUCGAAAAGCGGGAAAUAACAAGAGCCGUGAAGCAAGCUGUGCAAAAUAUGUCAGCCAGCCACAGUUGAUUGUGAAAUCCCAUGUUUUAAAUGUCUAUAAUUACACUGAAUACUGCGUUAGCUAAGAAUAACUGAAUUAAUACCACAAUGUAGUGCUUUGUCAAAUCUAAAGUAACUGGCAAGUUUCACUCCUCUAUACACUAUCAAACUAAUGUUAUGAUGUUUUUGUGAAUUAAAUAGAAAUAAAAGCUGUAUUGUCUAAAUGUAA